AUGCGUUGUAUUACUAUUUCGUGUUGCUUUUUGAUCUUAUUUGCCAUGCUGGAAGCACAUCAACGUUUUAAGAGAAAUAACCAGUAUGGAGAUGAAUUGGCACCACCAGUGCCUGCGGCAUCCUUUCCAGCUCCAUCUCCAGCAGAACAAGCGCCAGUGCCAAUAGAACAAGCUCCAGAAGCUGCUCCUCCAGUACAACCAUCAGGUUACCGAAAGAAACGAAAUAAUCAGUAUGGUGAUGAAGUGGUUCCACCACCACCUGCUGCUAUACCUGUAGCAGCUCCAUAUCAAGCCGAAGAAUCGCCGGCUCCAAUAGAACAAGCAGUUCCGGAAGCUGCUCCUCCCGUACAAGCUUCCGGUUAUUAA